AUGUUGGUUUGCUGCCGUCGCGCGCAGAUGCAGCCGCUGCACGACCGCCUGCUCAUCAAGCCGUAUGUGGAGGAGGCGAAAACCGCCGGCGGGAUCCUCCUGCCCAGCGCGCCGCCGAAGGCCAACUCGGACGCUCACUUCGGAGAGGUCAUCGCUGUUGGCGAGAGCGUGCAGCUGCAGGUCCAGCCCGGGGACAUGAUCGUGUACAACAAGUACGCAAUGGCCGAGGUCGAGGUUCCCGAGGGGGAGGUGGUGUUCGUGGCCGAGAAGAGCGUGCUUGGGAAGCUGGAGUGA